AUCAGAUUCUCUAUCUCUUUCUUUAUUGCUGAUAAUAUAUAUAUAAAUAGAGAGAGGUAUAUAUUCUUGUCUUCAUGACCUGAUCCAUUUGUUUCACAUUCCUCUCGCACAUUUUCUUGGAUUCUUCAAUUCUUGAGUAAUCAGGGUUGUGAGAUGGUUAGAAAGUGAUUAGAGGACAGUUUAUUGAUGCAAAAGUUUUGGUUUUGAGAGUGAAAGUUCCAAGUUUGAAACCUUAGGAGAGCAGUGCUUAUUUGUGUGACAGAUUAGUGGUUUGAAAUGAAUUGGAAUACACUCAUGGAUGGUCAUUACAUGAAUGCUAGCUACCCAUAUAAUUCAGCUGGAAGUUUUAUUGAAUAUUUCGAAGGUCUCACGUAUGACCAUGUGAAUUUCAUUUUCAAUGGAGCUUCCCAUGUUCAGGAUAGUGUAUACCCCUCGAUGAAUGCAAAUUUCUACAAGUUUGGCUUAUCCCCACCAGGGAGCGCUUCAUAUUAUGACCCUGCUUAUGUCUAUGAGGUCCACAAUCAUGGACUACGAAAUGAAGAAUAUAGAAGGUCGCCUUUGGAGAAUUCUUCUACAGCGACUAAUGAACGGACUUCUAGAGUAAAUGCUGAACGGGAAGUAAAUGAAAACAGGUCUUCUCAUGAUGACCCUGUAGAAUGUUUGCGCAGACAUCAUAAUGUUCAGGAUUAUCAGGCUAUUUGGCAAGACCAUGUUGAUCCUGACAAUAUGACUUACGAGGAAUUACUUGAAUUAGGCGAGACAGUUGGAACUCAAAAUCGAGGUCUUUCUCAAGAACAAAUUUCUCUGCUUCCAACCUCAAAAUACAAGCGCAGCUUCUUCUCAAGGAGGAAAUCAAGAAGUGAGAGGUGUGUCAUUUGCCAAAUGGAAUAUAAGCGAGGUGAUCGUCAGAUCACUCUACCAUGCAAACAUAUUUAUCAUGCUGGUUGCGGGACCAGAUGGCUUAGCAUCAAUAAGGCCUGCCCCAUCUGCUACUCAGAGGUUUUUGGUGAUGCGUCAAAACAUUAAGGUAUAAUGACUGAUGGACAUAAAGAAGGAAACUCUCUCAUUUUUCCUUGUUUCUCGAGUUUGGCUAUUUUUCUUGCUCACACAGUUGUCUGUAUCAAUUUUUCAUUUCCUAUAGGAAGGAAUGAUAUUAGUUUUGUAAUAAAUCAGAUUAUAAACUUUACAC